UAUCACAAAAGAUCCUAUUUUAUCUAAUUGUUCUCUUAUGUUUCCGAUGGAUAGUUGAUAGCACACCAUCCUCUUUGCUGCAUAUUGAAUCGUUUAUCCACGAGGCACUUGCAUUGUCAUGUAUAUUGCUUUUGGCUCCUCAACAGGAUACUUCGUUGAUAAAUGAUACUUUACAGAAGAUACUUUGAAUCUUCUGAACGAAAGUCUUGUGCAUGAAUUGUUAGAACUAGAUAACAAUUUUGACAACGGCGUCUGCGGCCAAAGCUUUCAAAUCAUCAAUUCAGUUCAAAUGCAUCAAUUGGAUAAGGGUGAGGCUAAUGUUCAAUUAUUGAAGCCUUGUAGACAGAUAAAUAAACAUAGUGCUCGCAUGAUCCUUGGUGUUGCCAAAGCGAUGGACGAGUUACCAUUACGAGACAUCAAGAGCAAGCAGUCGAUUAGCGAAUAUGAGUUAAUGACCACUUACUUUCAUCUGAUACUAUCGUGCAUUUUGUCUAGUCCGAAACAGCUCUUUUUAUUGCAAUGGGCAGAUAUCGAAGCGGAUGUCAGCGACGCCCAAGUCUGGGCUUUAGUGAAGUAAAAAUCUUAGUCUACUACAAACAAUAACGGCUUAUGUCAUGAUUCCCUGCCCUUAGGGAUCUUUUUGCAAGGAGGUCAUCAAUAUCUACCGUUGGAAUAUUUGCU